AGCCCCUGCGGAGUCCCCCGAGGCCCCAUUGCACCACUCUGGCACGGGUCGGUGUUCCUACAGCCUCCAUAGCCCUCCUGUAGCUCUCGUUGCUUCCAUACAGUCCGCAGAGACCCCACAGCUCCGCCGUAGCCCUGGCCUGCAGCUGCAGCGCUCUUGUUGCUCUGUUAUAGCACCAGUCUACACACCGAAAGCUCUUAUAGCUGUUACUGCUUCCUAAGAGGGCUCCCGUUCCUCUCCCGUAGUCCCCAUGUGUGUCCCCAGAAUUCUCAUUUCUCCUCUGUCACCCUGCUUAUAACCUGAGAGCUUCUGUGCACCCUGUUUCUCCCCUAUAGACUCUGCUCUGUGCCCCUGCACCUAUAGUCCCUGGCCUCAGAGUUCCCGCUGCUCCCUCAGAGCCUCCACCAGAGCUCCUAUAGCCUCUGUAGUUGCCAAGCCUGCCCCCCAGAUCCCCUCAGCUCCCCAGCUCUCUCCCAGUGUUCCCUAGUGCCUUUUUUGGUCACUCUCUCAUGUUUUGGUUCCCUGGGCCCAAACCCACUGCCUUCAUCUUCCUCAGCAGUGUCCUGUCUAUCUGGUGCCCCUCACAUAGUCCCCGUGUCCUGUCCCAUGGGGCCCACUGUGCACAGCCCCUUCAGUUCCCUGGUGUCACUUGCAGUUGUUCCAUGUGCCCGGUUCAUAAGGACUCUGCUGUGCUACGCCACGUACUUGGGUUUCUGGCCUUUGCUCUGUACCCCUCACACUUCUUUCUUCCUCCUCUGCUAUGGGCACCUCCGUGUCCCACUGGCCUGUGCAAUGUUUUAAGGGCUGAAGAAAUAAUCCCACAGUGAACAGUAGAGAAGCCACCUCAAGGAACAACCCUCCGUACCCUUUGUUGUUAUGGCAGGGGGAAGGCGGGGCCCUAACCGGACAUCCUACUGCCGAAAUCCUCUCUGCGAACCUGGGGCUGCUGGCGGCUCCAGCCAUUCCACGAGUUCCUCUGUCACGGGUGUGCGCUCACGCACCAGGAGCGGUUCAGGUACAGGCCUUUCCAGUCCACCACUGGCAACUCAGACAGUCGUUCCCCUCCGGCACUGUAAGAUCCCAGAGCUGCCUGUGGAGAGGAGUGUCCUGUUUGAACUUCAGCUCUUCUUCUGUCAUCUGAUUGCUCUAUUCGUCCACUACAUCAACAUCUACAAAACUGUGUGGUGGUACCCACCUUCCCAUCCACCUUCGCACACGUCACUGAAUUUUCAUCUUAUUGACUUCAACGUGCUGACAGUGACAACAAUUGUCCUGGCACGCCGGCUGAUUGGUGCUAUUGUGAAGGAGGCUUCGCAGAGUGGCAAAGUAUCCCUGCCACGCUCUAUUUUCCUGGUGAUCACUCGGUUUGCUGUUCUCACUGGCACAGGCUGGAGUUUAUGUCGAUCAAUAAUUCACCUCUUCAGAACCUACUCUUUCCUUAACCUCCUGUUCCUGUGUUACCCGUUUGGCAUGUACAUUCCCUUCCUUCAACUGAACUGUGACUUUCGGAAGACAGGCCUCUUCUCCCAGGUGGCCAACAUCGGACCCAGAGAGACAGGGGAGGUGAACUCUAGGAGCAGAGACUACCUGACUGUCUUAAAGGAAACCUGGAAGCAGCACACUAGACAAAUGUACGGCAUGGAGGCCAUGCCCACUCACGCCUGCUGCCUCUCCCCAGAUCUCAUCCGCAAUGAGGUGGAAUACCUGAAAAUGGACUUUAACUGGCGGAUGAAAGAGGUGCUGGUGAGCUCCAUGCUCAGUGCUUACUACGUAGCCUUUGUGCCAGUCUGGUUUGUGAAGAACACUCAGUACUAUGACAAACGCUGGUCGUGUGAGCUCUUCCUUCUGGUUUCCAUCAGCACGUCUGUGAUUUUGAUGCAGUACCUCUUACCUGCUCGCUACUGUGACCUGCUCCAUAAAGCUGCAGCACACCUGGGCUGCUGGCAGAAGGUCGAUCCAGCCCUCUGCUCCAAUGUGCUACAGCAUCAGUGGACAGAGGAGUGCAUGUGGCCACAGGGAGUGUUAGUGAAACACAGCAAGAAUGUGUACAAAGCUGUGGGUCAUUACAAUGUGGCUGUACCAUCAGACGUCUCACACUUCCGUUUCCAUUUCUUUUUCAGCAAACCACUGAGAAUCCUCAACAUCCUAAUUCUGCUGGAAGGAGCCGUCAUCUUUUACCAGCUUUACUCACUGAUUUCUUCAGAGAAGUGGCACCAGACUAUCUCACUGGCUCUGAUCCUCUUCAGCAAUUAUUACGCCUUCUUCAAGCUGCUGCGUGACCGGCUGGUGCUGGGCAAAGCCUACUCAUAUUCUGCCAGCAGAGACUCAGAGCAGAAGUUAAAUUAAAACAAUUGCACUGAUGCUCAGCUUAUUACAAAACAAACAAAACAAGAAACCCUCAGAGCUUUGUAUUUUUGUUACCACUGCUUUUUUUUCUUUGAUAACUGAUGUAAUUAAAAGGAAAAAACAUAUUUUUUUACUCCCAACA